GGCGAACGCGGAAGUGGAGCAAACGACAACCAGAGAUUGAGGAAAACGAAACAUAAACAGAAUCUCGACCGCAAAGAUGUUUUCUCGAAUUUAGAUCAGUCCAACAUUUACUUAUAACUUCAAGAGGAAAGGGGCUUCUUCGAAAGAUGAACAGUGUGGCCACUGUCAAGCAUUUGGAGAGCUCAGAAGACCUCCCGAAGCCCACUGAUGAAGAGCCAUGUGAGGAAGAAAUGGACACAUCGGAGGCCAAGUGGCGCUGGUUCUAUCUUGCCGAGUGUGGCGUCUGGCAUACGUUUGAAGAAGUUCCCAGCACAGGUUGUUCUGUCACCAAUGAGCAGAUUGAACAAAACUACAACAAGAAUCAGCACGCUUCAAUGGACUUCUAUACUGCUAAAUAUACAUAUAAAUUAGACUUUUCUGCUAUGAAACAAGUUAAUGUGACAACUGGAAAAGAAAGGCCAAUCAAAAGGGCAUUGCAUUCAGCUACUGACUUUAGAUUUAUCUGUGAUAACCCAGCCCUUCCUGUACCCAGUCACUGGGAAAGAGUUAAUACAGAAGAACCCUAUCAGCUCAUUGCUUUAUGCAGAGAUACGUUUGAGUACAAAGAAGUGGCCCGGUUAUAUGAGAGAACCAUGAGCCAGCCCAUCAAAUCCAUUCAAAGAGUACAAAACCUGGACCUGUGGGAGUUUUUCUGCAGGAAAAAGGCCCAGCUGAGAAAGAUAAAACGUAUUAUAGAUGUUGAAGAAAAGAUGCUUUUUCAUGGAACCGGUCACAGUAACAUACAGGCCAUAUGCACAUACAACUUUGAUUGGCGUCUCACAGGAAGCCACGGUGACGUCUAUGGCAAAGGAAGUUAUUUUGCACGCGACGCAAGAUAUUCAAGCAAGUUUUGUCAUUCGACGAGCAAGCACAACUUUAUCCUACAGAGACAUGGUCUAGCGCCCCCUGUUUUCCAGAGCGACCCAUCAUACAAGUGCAUGUUCCUGGCACGGGUUCUAGUUGGGGAAUACACGCUGGGUCACCCCCAGUACUGCAGACCCCCAUCCAAAGACAUGAGCAUUGCCAACUUUUUCGACAGCUGUGUGGACGACAUGAUGAGCCCGAAGAUCUUUGUAAUAUUCGACAGCAACCAGAUCUACCCGGAAUACCUGAUUGAAUUUUACUGACACCAAAGACCAAAAGGAAAUCAGUGAAUUUUCAAAAGAAUGAACAGCGUUUUCAUUCUGAUGAACGUACGGCUCUGUGUGGCUGUGGCUGGUUACUGCAAAAGUGCCUUUGGUGAAAAAACUGUGAAUGGAUAACAAUCUGUGUCUAGGGGGCAGAUUUAAAACGUAUUAAUGGUUUAUAUGAAUUAUAUGAUCAAUUUUAUGUUUUUUAUAACAUAUUAAUUUAUGACACAAAACACACAUGAAAAUGUAUUCAUGUAAUGAUAUGGAAAAAAAUAAUUAUUUGGAAUUUGUGUGCAUGAAAUAACUUUUACGUUAUUUACUUUUAUAAUUUCCUGCAAUCCUGUCUUGUGGAAAAAUGGCGCUGGUAGAGUGUGACUCCAUGAAAAGUAUGUACCCUUCAAAUUUGCACAUGUAACAUUUUAUUACUAUUAUUUUUCAUAGCCUACCUCUCCACAAUUCUACCUCUUCUCAUAUAUUUUCAGAAGACAACAGCAAAGAAACUGAUUGCCAAGAGUUUUUCAACACCCAGUUGUUUAAAAUGGAAAUUGAAUGGACUUGGCGACAGAUAAUUUCUUCCAUAUUGUGAUGUACAUCCAAAUGAAGCCGAUUAUCGGAAAAGAAGAAGAAAAAAAAAAUGUAGGGUGGGGUCUUGGUUCUGUCCAGUGGUUGUUGAUUGGAUGGAGGCAUAUCUACAAAUGUUUAUUAUUAAUACUUCCAAUGUCUAAAUAUUUAAAACAAAUAAAUAAAACGUAUAUAGAAGAGUCAUUCAAAAUAAGAUUAGUAACAUGCAUUUAGAAAAGACAAAUCAUGAAAUUCUAGAACUAUGCAUAUGCUACUUAAAAAUAUAUAUAUAUAUAAUUUAAAAAAGCAUGUCCUUUGCCCGUGCAUUGAUUACACAUUUUGCUUAAUUUACUUCAAACCAGCAAUAACGUUGUGAUUCUCUCAACUAUGUUUGAUAUCCUUUUGCCAAAUCCCAAAUCCAGUUUUCAGAUCUUCUGACAUGGAACAAAAAUAAAUAAAUAAUAUUAAAAUCAAUCAAUGAAUUUAUGCACAGUCCAAUAUACUGAUCCAUUCUAAAGACACGCAGUUUUUUUAUGUAUUUCCAAAGGAUUUAUUUGUUGGCUUCAUUCCACUCAAUUAUUUUGAAAAUAAUACGUUUUCGGCUAAUUCUUGUGAUCUCGUGGCUGAUAUAAAGAAAGUUAGCGCUCUUUGAUUUACUCAGACAAUAUAAAAUGCUAUAACUUUAGUGUAUGACUAGCUAUUUAUGCACUCAAUGCUGUUUAUAUUCUUGUUAAAAUGAUAAUGGCAUUAAAACGCAAUGUCAAAUAUAUUGAUAUACAAAUGCCAAUACGUGUAACCGAAGAAUAUAAAGGUAUGCAACAUGUUCAAGAUUAAUAGAAAUGCCUUUUAAGUGUUGUUUGUUUUUUAAUAAUAUUUCUGGUUAAGUAGGUUCAGUAUUAGUUAAGUAUGUAUGAUAUAUCAACCUUGAAACUACUAAUAUUCUUGUGUACACUUUUAGUACACUUUUCACAAAUGUUAUAGUUGAUCCAAAAAGAAAGUAAAAACCUGGGAUAGAGCGGCUGAGUGAAUCCAAAUGCGUUUGCCUUCCAAUAUAUAUAUAAUUUAAAAUGGUUAUUUAUUUACACUAUAUGAUUUUGUCUUUUCUUAAAAUAGGUAUUUCACGCAAUAAAAAUGGAAUAAAUCCUUUGCAGUGUUUGCUGAGGGAAAUUGAAUGUUUGUACAUGGCACUGAAUAUUUUAUUUAACUUAACCCAUUUGUGCCCAAUUUUUUUCUGAAUUGUCUCAUGCAUAUAGUCAUGUUAAUAGUGUCCUAUGUGAACAUGUUCUGCAUUUAUUUUUCCCAGGUUUUUUUUUUUUUUUUUCUUGAAAAUAUUAUUUGAAUGUACAGCAACUAUAGUUGUCGGUGGGUAAAUAUGUUGUAUUCACCUUUUCAAUGUCAAAUUUGAAUAGGAGGAGAGCAUUUGGCAUCUAACUCAAAUAACUGCUUUCAACAGAUCAAUCUUUAUUCAUAAACAAAUUUAUCAUACAUACAAGUCUAAGAACAUUUGAUGCAAACCCAAAAAAGGCUGCAUCUAGCGUAUAAUCUCUUGAAUAUGAUAACACAACAAAUCCAUUUGUCUUAAAAUGGUGGAACAUUGUGCGGAACAAAGUGCCGCCAUUAAGGUGACCCAAUAUGGUAUUGUAUAUGAAUAAGUUAAUAAUAAUAUUUAAAAAAGAAAAUAUGAAUAAAAAGAGUAUACCUGAAUGAAAAUUACGCAUUUGACUGUUUGGUUACCAACAUUCUGCAAAAUAUCUUCAUUCGUGUUUAACAGAAGAAAGAAUCUCAUAGGUCUGCAAUUUGAAGAUGACACAAUUAUGACACGAUUUCUAUUUUUUGGUGAACUUUAUGUAAGCAGUUUUAGUAUAAGUAGCUACAAGCAGUACUGCGGUGACGGUACAAGUAAAUGUAUACAUUUACUUAAACAUAUUUGCACACUAUACUUUGUGAUUUAUUUAAUGAAUAGCCACAUAUUGAUUAAAGUCUUUGAUAUUCAUGAAAUAAAUGCUCUUUUUUU